AUGAAUGAAGAAAUACCAGUUGAUGAUGUCGAAACGGCCAAAUUAAUUUCGACCAAGUCGUUUUCACCAUCUUCCAUUACAGAAGAUCUUGUUGGCAUACUCGUAUUGGGAUCAACAAGUACUCAUAUUUUACCUAAUGUUGACAGUAAUGACGUAGCUGUAUUUAUUCUGGAUAAAAAAUAUCGUGAAUAUGAUUAUCUUUGUGAUAAAUAUCCAUCACUUGUCGAUGUAUAUACAGAAAUGAAAGAACUGAUCGAAAAUCUUCGUGAAUAUGUUUAUCUCGAUAACGUAUAUUAUCUACCUCGAAAUGAUUGCUUUUUACAUUAUUUAUGUGGUGUUUUUGUUCCUUGUACUAUUAUAUGUUGUCUCUCAAAACGAUGUCGACAAUGGUUUUGGUAUAAACAACCAUCAAGUAGACGACUUUUAUAA